AUGAGUGUACAGUUGAACGUGGAAUUAGUAUUUGUUAAGAAUGGACUUUUACUUGUCCAAAAGAUCAACCAAAAGAGGGUCAAGUUCAAGGGCUACCCCAACAUAGAAAGCAAGUUAAGCAGAUCAUUUUCAGGAGCUGUACGAUAUACUGGAUUAAUCCCUCUCUUUGGUGAUCCAGAUUCUAAAAGAGGAGGAGUCAAUCGCUUUGUUAUUAAGGAUCUAUAUCGUCAAAUUCUACCUACUCUAAUACAUGAUAACGCACCAACACAUACUGCUCAUGUUGUUCGAGAUGCUUUAGAGGAGAUGAAUAUCGAGGUUAUGGAAUGGCCACCUCAUUCACCGGACCUAAAUCCUAUCGAGAACCUAUGGGCCUUACUUAAAGCAGCAAUUUACAAACUUCGACCUGAUCUAAUCCAUAUGAGAAAUGAAAAAUGA